GCUCAACACGCUCUUAAGUUAACCCAGGACGUUUCGACUCACUGGGCCCGCGCUCCGGAGAGGCUGCAUUCUUAGGCCACCGUCAUUCCUCCUAUCGAUUUUCGGCGCAUCGGCAGCGAGGACUAAGCAUACUGGGGAUUGGGCUGUCAUCCAGAUCGAUCGACCCCUCCAAGAUCGACAGCGCAAGUCCGAUGGCAAUGCUAUCGACCUCGGUGCUCGAGUGGAAUCCGAACAGUUCACUCGUUGGACGUUCCCCAAUCUCCAGUACUACGUUCUUUUUCUUUUCAAUGUAUCCGAGCAACUGUCUUCUCAAGUUGCAGGGGCACCGAGGAGAUGCAUGUGCAUUUGAACCACAACAGUUGAAACCGCGUCUUCUGGUUACCAAGCGCGGUAACACCAACUGGCCUGAUGCCAACAACAUCCGCUCCUUUAUGUCCGCAUCUGUAACUACUAAAUUGGACGGUGGCAAUGGCAAGGCCUCAAAAGAGUGGGCCAUCCUCGUCCCGCGAGACCUCAAACCUCGAAAUGUCUCGGCCGACGGUGACUCAGGUUCUGUCAUCGUCGAUCGACGACCUCGAACGCCUUGGACGCCUCGCGGUGUUGGCACCACUCUCCUUGGACAUUGUGCCCAUCACCUUCCUCCUCAAGUGCAUAGCAGAAAAAGAACUCCACAAGUCGCGCGUCAACCCGGUCCUUACCGCCUGGACGCAUCCUUUAUCAUGGGCUGGUGGUCAUCAGCUGGACUGUCGAACACUUCCUUCAUGCAGCCUUCGGUCGACUUUGCUCAUCCGAUCUCGACUUGUUGUUCCGUGACUUCGUUCCAAGGACAUAUCGUUCUUAAAUCUUCACCCUUGUGACUUAACCAAUACUUAUGAGCCCCGCCCCUACCGCUUCGUUCAUACAGUUUCGCCACUCUAAGCAAGAGUCGCAAAACAAAGAAUACUACCUGGUAGAUUAUGAGCUCAGGUUUACUUCCACUUGCGGAGGAUUUCUUGCAUCACCCGAAAUAACAGAAGGUGCCAGCACCAAAUGCCAAAACCGAUCGCUAUGAAUGGUGGCCUG